AUGGUUUUAUUGACUUGGGAAGAAUGCGGCUGUCUUCUCAAGCAGCUCCAGACUGCUGCAUAUGCUGUUUAUAACGAAGUACGUCAAGAUUCUCUGUCUGAUAGAAAGUUGAGAUUGCGUAGUCUCCUACUGAGGAUUCUAGCAUGUCUUCGCGAGUUUCGUCAAACAAUCAACAUAACUUUUCUCCAGGGUGGAUCUGAAAAUACGUUUCAGCCCGAGCUUUGCAGGUCUGAAGGUGAGUUUGACAAACAUCAGCUAGAAAGAAUUAGAAAACUACUUGCUGCCACGAAAAUCCACACCCAAAGCACGAUACCUACCAUGAAACACAUCCAGCAAAAUUGUUCUAAAAAUUAUCAAGAUGAACUUGCUGCGGUGGCUCAAGUAAACGAGGUUUUGGCGCGUCAUAAUCUACCGCUGGUUGACAAUAAGAACAAAAAAAGUUUGCAAGUGUUGGUGACAAAAUUGCGACAGAAAGAGCAGCAGCUCGUAUUUCACCAAGGGCUCUCAAAAGCCCAGCAACAUUUCUCAGGAAGUAAUAGUCUCUAUUCGGUAGACAACUUCGCAUACGGCAGCACUCCGUUUACAACGUGGUUAAACGUCUUCACCCAACAAGCAGUGCUAGACAAACUUGCAAGUGGACAAGUGAAUUUGACCGUCUUCGGUGCAUCUAUUGGAUCUCUCGUCUUCUUUGCAGGAUUGGUAUUUGGUCUUCGAUCAGUAGGUGUUGAGAUUUUGGAGUUUCUUCACGACGUGGCAGAACAAUUUCGAUUGAACCUACAAAUAUCCAAAGAAAAAUGCUGCUUUAAAUGCGCCGAUAUGGUCACUGUGUCAGUCCACGACGUGUCGAUACUUCUGCUCACGUCACAAUGUUGGGACGAAGCACUGUAUGCGCAGGUCCAGACCAAACUCGAGCUUGAGCUGCAGUCAGGAACGCUGGUCAUUGAUUACAAGAACGCGCUUCAGAAAUCACCACACUUUCGAUUAGUGCGUGAAGUACACAAUCAGCGCGUGUCUUGGAACAGCUCGCAGUCUUUUUUCAUUUUCGAGCGUAAAUGA